AUGUCGUCGUCUGAUCAAUUACAACUUAAAAUAAUGCUUGGAAGUAAUGAAGAAAAAAUAAAAUUAUUAACAAAUAUCAUCAACAAUCAGACCUCAACUAAGGAUCAAAUAAAAAGUGCUCGUGAAUUACGUGUUGGAAUCAAUUUUGAACUUAAACAAUGGCAAGCUAGUCCGCAUGAUGAAAAUGAAAUAGUUGAUUUACAUGAAUUAUGUAUUGAAGGUGAUAAUGCAGAAUUCAAAUCAUUAUUAGAAAAAUCAAAAGAAAUUGAUGUUAAUCAAUAUAAAUUAUUUGUUUAUCGUCCACUACCAAAUAGUUCAAAAGAACCAAAUGGAUUAAUGAAAUAA